AGUAUACCUGCAAUGCAAUAAUCUCUCCGUCCAAUUCAAAGCAAAAUUUUGUUCUCAUAAACUCAAUCAUCAUUCACUUCAUGUCUUUCUAUAAAUAAACUGCGUCUCUCUCCGCCAAAUCUGACUCAAUCAGAUUGAAAACUUGUUUCCUCUGUUUACCGGUUUCUCUCUCUUCAUCUCUCUCUCUCUCUCUCUCUAGUCUUCAAUGUCGGCUCUCUUCUCCAUUGUCCCCUUCUCCAUCUCUCCGAGGUCCCUUUCCCUCUCUCUGCAAACGCACAGAUCCUAAACCCUAAUUUCUCUAUCGGCUUUUCUCCGAUUUUCAGAAACCCUAAUUUCAUUAGCCGUUGCAGGUUGCAUCCCUAAAACGGAGGAGACUAUUUGCGGCAAUGGAGGAACCGAGUAAACUGAGGCGUGCCCUGAUUGAUUCCUCGGCCGGAGCAAUUUCCGGAGGAAUAUCACGGACUGUUACAUCGCCCCUCGAUGUUAUUAAGAUUAGAUUCCAGGUUCAACUGGAACCCACAUCUUCAUGGGCUUUACUACGUAAGGAUUUGGCUGCAGCUGCGUCUGCACCAUCAAAAUAUACUGGCAUGUUUCAAGCAACCAAAGAUAUUCUAAGAGAAGAAGGCGUCAAGGGAUUUUGGCGGGGAAAUGUCCCGGCAUUGCUAAUGGUUAUGCCAUAUACAGCUAUACAAUUUACAGUUUUACAUAAGUUGAAGACUUUUGUCUCUGGCUCUUCAAAGACAGAGAAUCACAUUCAUUUGAGCCCUUAUCUUUCAUAUGUCAGUGGAGCAUUAGCUGGGUGUGCAGCUACAGUAGGUUCAUAUCCUUUUGAUCUUCUCCGUACCAUAUUAGCAUCUCAGGGGGAACCAAAGGUAUAUCCAACCAUGAGAUCAGCAUUCAUUGAUAUUGUUCGUACACGUGGAUUCCAAGGCUUGUAUUCUGGACUGUCCCCUACUCUAGUGGAGAUUAUACCUUAUGCAGGCCUACAAUUUGGCACGUAUGAUACAUUUAAGCGUUGGGCCAUGGCUUGGAAUCAUAGAGUUUCCAACACUGCUGUAGAAGACAAUAUCUCUAGCUUUCAGCUUUUCCUUUGUGGGUUAGCAGCUGGAACAUGUGCCAAACUUGUCUGUCAUCCACUUGAUGUCGUCAAGAAAAGAUUUCAGAUUGAAGGGCUUCAAAGACAUCCAAGAUAUGGAGCUCGAGUUGAGCAUCGUGCAUACAGGAACAUGUUCGAUGCCAUGCAACGGAUAUUGCGAUUAGAGGGUUGGGCUGGUUUGUACAAGGGGAUAAUCCCAUCUACUAUUAAAGCUGCACCUGCUGGUGCUGUUACAUUUGUUGCUUAUGAGUUGACAUCAGAUUGGCUAGAGUCCGUUUUUAGUUGAUUUUUCCCCACUUUUUCUCCAGUUAUUAAUCAUAUUCUUUUUCAAUAUACAAAUUGAUCCCUCGUAGUGUAGGAAGAAAGUGAGGGAUUUGCUAAUUCAUUUUAAUGAUAGUUGUAGAUGAUAAGGUUGAACUUCCUUAAGAUGGAAAAGAUUCGUUCUUGAUGUCUACGUCUGAUAUUGAAUUCAAAAUGUAUAUUUCCAAGAUGGUGUAAAGCCUGUCUAGAAUCCAAUGGUGUCUGGAUUCAACUUAAAUUUGGUCUUUUAGCCAAAUUCGGUGAGAGUGAACAUCUUUUUGUGCUCGA